AUGAUGUGUUCAUCGUUCCUUUCCCUUCCACUUGAACUUUUGGAUGUAGUGGCAGAGAAGCUGGAUCUGGCAGAUAUCAAACAACUGCGUCUUUGCUGCAAACGACUGGGCUCCAGUCUUGAAUCUUUUACAUUCCACACCAUCUCUCUCAGAAUUAACUGUCAUAAUGCGUCAUCAAGCUCUGGUAUUCGUAAACUUCAAUACCUCGCUACUCAAAGACACUCCGGCCCUUCCAGGAUGACAAAGAACCUAAUUAUUGAUUGUCUAGCGCCGGACUACGAUCCAACCUUCGAGGCGGAAAGUUAUGUUAAUGGCGAAUGGGUAGCUAAUGUCCCUCCAAAGGAUCUACCUCAGGCAAUCAUUUCCCGCAAACAAAUGAAACUUUACCUUUUCUAUGCUCUCAAAUCCUUGAAAAAUCUCCGUUCCAUUAGCUGGAACAUACAUCAGUAUGAUGAGCAAUGGGUCCAAUGUACGGUGAUGAAUGCCAUUCAGACUCUGCCAAAUCUGAGGUCUGUCCGGAUCGAAGUUGAUUGGGCUAGAAUCCCCUUGCCUUUACAUCGCUUGCGGGGUCUGCGUGAUAUCACAAUUAUCGACUCUACCAUACCGUCCAACUCAGGUAACAUAUAUGAGACGUAUCAGAACUUGGGAAAGAUGCUGGCUCGGUCUCCUGGGCUAGUUGGCCUCAAUAUUCAGAGAGGAGGCUAUGACUGCACCCACGUCGACACCAGCGCUAGCCUUCACCAUCUCCUCAGGUGCUAUCCCUCGUCUCAAACACCCCUUCGGCUCAAACACCUCGUGAUGAAUCGUAUGUUCGUUAAAUUGGAUGCGAUUACGUUGCCUCAUUUACAUUACCUGAAAUCGUUGGAUCUUUCCAAUGUACUGGAGCCACAUCACAUCACCAACAUCGAGCAUCUUACUGUUGAUUCCAAAAUCUGCUCGUCAUGUACCCAGCUCCAUGGGUCUCAGAAACUUGUGGGCUCCAGCGUCGAUGGCAUAUGGGAUGCUCUAACCAACCUGGGAAUCGAAUUAGAAGUCCUCAAAGUUCGAAAAGUCACCCAAAGUUUGUUGAACUACCUCGAAUCGUAUAGCGGCAUCAAGAGACUACACAUACUUAGCUCUGCACAUCCGACUUCUCCAACAGAAUAUGAUGCACUAGCGUCACGAUUCUUCGGUACCUCGCUCGGGAUGCAUAUUCGAACUAUCGAAAAACUUGACAUUGAAGCCGCUAACGAGGGGCUAUGGUGCUUCGGACCACACAACAUGUCCGUCAUAGCCUCCUGCACCGCGUUGGUAUUUUUGGGCAUACCUAUAUGUUCCAUACACCUCCAGACAUUUUCAUGUGACGACAAACCAGUUCUCGGGUCCGAGGAUGGAGCAUUUGAUCCUAUUGCGUCACUUUAUGACACGAUUACAAUCCAUUUAGUGAAGAUAAACACGCUGAAAGUCUCGGUUCCGUUGAGCAUCGACAGAUUUGAGGGAUACUGGUGCGGCUACUCCGUUUCGCGUCAGUUCUCAUGGGUCUGCGAUACCGUAGCGGAACGGCUGUGUGCAUUUUCAAACGAUAAACCCUGUUAUCCCCCCAGUUGUCUACCGGAUAUCCAGAUCGGUGACAAGACCUGUAAGGAGAAGCGGCUUGCGCCCUUUGCCACCGUCCGGUCGGUGCCUGCAGUGGAUGGGGCAGUACAAUUUAGGCAGGCUUUUUGUUACAAGGAGACGUGA